AGGCAGGGGCCACAACUACACCCAGCCAACCAAGGCAGGCAGGCAGGGUCCACAGUUCCAGCCAGCCAGCCAAAACAGGCAGGCAGGAGGCAGGACUCCAGGCAGCCAGCCAAGGCAGGUAGGUAAGAAACAUGUCUACAGCCAUCCAGCCAAGGCAGGCAGGCAGGCAGGGGCCAGGACUCCAGCCAGCCAGCCAAGGCAGGCAGGCAUGGACCAUGACCACAGCCAGCCAGCCAAGGCAGGCAAGCAAGGACCACGACUACAGGCAGCCAGACAAGGCAGGCAGGCAGUGGCCAGGACUCCAGCCAGCCAGCCAAGGCAAGGACGGCCACGGUUCCAGCAAGCCAGCCAAGGCAGGCAGGCAGGGGCCACAACCACAGCCAGCCAGCCAAGACAGGCAGGCAGGGUCCACAGUUAGAGCCAGCCAUCCAAGGCAGGCAGGUAGGCAGGAGCCAGGACUCGAGCCAUCCAGCCAAGGCAGGCAGGCAGGGGCUAGGACUGCAGCCAUCCAGCCUAGGCAAGGAUGCAGGAGCCAUGACUCCAGCCAGCUAGCCAAGGCAGGCAGGCAGGGUCCAAGGUUCCAGCCAGCCAGCCAAGGCAGACAGGAAGGCGAGGUCCAUUGUUCCAGCAAGCCAGCCAAGGGAGGCAGGCAGGAGCCAGGACACCAUCCAGUCAGCAAAAGCAGGCAGGCAGAGGCCAUGACUCCAGUCAGCCAGCCAAGGCAGGCAAGCAGGGGCCAGGACUCCAGCCAGCCAGCCAAGGCAGGCAGGCAGGAGCCAGGACUCCAGCCAGCCAGCCAAGGCAGGCAGGCAGGAGCCAGGACUCCAGUCAGCCAGCCAAGGCAGGCAGGCAGGAGCCAGGACUCCAGCCAGCCAGCCAAGGCAGGCAGGCAGGAGCCAGGACUCCAGUCAGCCAGCCAAGGCAGGCAAACAGGGGCCACGGUUCCAGCAAGCCAGCCAAGGCAGGCAGGCAGUGGCCAGGACUCCAGCCAGCAAGCCAAUGCAGGCAGGCAGGCAGGAGCCAGGACUCCAGCUAGCCAGCCAUGGCAGGCAGGCAGGCAGGGGCCAGGACUCCAGCCAGCCAGCCAAGGCAGGCAAGCUAGGACCACGACUACAGGCAGCCAGACAAGGCAGGCAGGCAGUGGCCAGGACUCCAGCCAGCCAGACAUGGCAGGCAAGGAGGGCCACGGUUCCAGCAAGCCAGCCAAGGCAGGCAGGCAGGGGCCACAAGCACAGCCAGCCAGCCAAAAGAGGCAGGCAGGGUCCACAGUUCCAGCCAGCCAACCAAGGCAGGCAGGCAGGAGCCAGGACUCCAGCCAUCCAGCCAAGGCAGGCAGGCAGGGGCCUGGACUGCAGCCUUCCAGCCAAGGCAGUCAUGCAGGAGCCAUGACUCUAGCCAGCUAGCCAAGGCAGGCAGGCAGGGUCCACGGUUCCAGCCAGCCAGCCAAGGCAGGCAGGCAGGCAGGGGCUAGGACUCUAGCGAGCCAGGCAAUGCAGGCAGGCAGGAGCCAGGACUGCAACCAUCCAGCCAAGGAAGGUAUGCAGAAGCCAUGACUCCAGCUAGCUAGCCAAGGUAGGCAGGCAGGGGCCACGGUUCCAGACUGCCAGCAUGCCAAGGCAGGCAGGCAGGGGCCAGGACUCCAGCCAGCCAGCCAAGGCAGACAGGCAGGCAAGGUCCAUUGUUCCAGCAAGCCAGCCAAGGGAGGCAGGCAGCAACCAGCACUCCAUCCAGUCAGCAAAAGCAGGCAGGCAGAGGCCAUGACUCCAUACAGCCAGCCAAGACAGGCAGGCUGGAGCCAGGACUCCAGUCAGCCAGCCAAGGCAGGAAGGCAGGAGCCAGGACUCCACUCAGCUAGCCAAGGCAGGCAGGCAGGAGCCAGGACUCCAGUCAGCAAGCCAAUGUAGGCAGGCAGGAGCCAGGACUCCAGCCAGCCAGCCAAGGCAGGCAGGCAGGAGCCAAGACUCUAGCCACCUAGACAAGGCAGGCAAGCAAGGACCACGACUACAGGCUGCGAGGCAAGGCAGGCAGGCAGUGGCCAGGACUCCCGCCAGCCAGACAUGGCAGGCAAGGAGGGCCACGGUUCCAGCAAGCCAGCCAAGGCAGGCAGGCAGGGGCCACAAGCACAGCCAGCCAGCCAAAAGAGGCAGGCAGGGUCCACAGUUCCAGCUAGCCAGCCAAGGCAGGCAGGCAGGAGCCAGGACUCCAUUCAGCCAGCCAAGGCAGGCCGGCAGGAGUCAGGACUCCAGUCAGCAAGCCAAUGCAGGCAGGCAGGAGCCAGGACUCCAGCCAGCUAGGCAAGGCAGGCAGGCAGGAGUCAGGACUGCAGUCAGCCAGCCAAGGCAGGCAGGCAGGAGCCAGGACUCCAUCCAGCCAGCCAAGACAGGCAAGCAGGAACCAGGACUACAGCCAGCCAGGUAAGACAGGCAGGCAGGGGCCAUGACUACAGCCAGCCAGCCAAGGCAGGCAGGCAUGGACCAUGACCACAGCCAGCCAGCCAAGGCAGGCAAGCAAGGACCACGACUACAGGCAGCCAGACAAGGCAGGCAGGCAGUGGCCAGGACUCCAGCCAGCCAGCCAAGGCAAGGACGGCCACGGUUCCAGCAAGCCAGCCAAGGCAGGCAGGCAGGGGCCACAACCACAGCCAGCCAGCCAAGACAGGCAGGCAGGGUCCACAGUUAGAGCCAGCCAUCCAAGGCAGGCAGGUAGGCAGGAGCCAGGACUCGAGCCAUCCAGCCAAGGCAGGCAGGCAGGGGCUAGGACUGCAGCCAUCCAGCCUAGGCAAGGAUGCAGGAGCCAUGACUCCAGCCAGCUAGCCAAGGCAGGCAGGCAGGGUCCAAGGUUCCAGCCAGCCAGCCAAGGCAGACAGGAAGGCGAGGUCCAUUGUUCCAGCAAGCCAGCCAAGGGAGGCAGGCAGGAGCCAGGACACCAUCCAGUCAGCAAAAGCAGGCAGGCAGAGGCCAUGACUCCAGUCAGCCAGCCAAGGCAGGCAAGCAGGGGCCAGGACUCCAGCCAGCCAGCCAAGGCAGGCAGGCAGGAGCCAGGACUCCAGCCAGCCAGCCAAGGCAGGCAGGCAGGAGCCAGGACUCCAGUCAGCCAGCCAAGGCAGGCAGGCAGGAGCCAGGACUCCAGCCAGCCAGCCAAGGCAGGCAGGCAGGAGCCAGGACUCCAGUCAGCCAGCCAAGGCAGGCAAACAGGGGCCACGGUUCCAGCAAGCCAGCCAAGGCAGGCAGGCAGUGGCCAGGACUCCAGCCAGCAAGCCAAUGCAGGCAGGCAGGCAGGAGCCAGGACUCCAGCUAGCCAGCCAUGGCAGGCAGGCAGGCAGGGGCCAGGACUCCAGCCAGCCAGCCAAGGCAGGCAAGCUAGGACCACGACUACAGGCAGCCAGACAAGGCAGGCAGGCAGUGGCCAGGACUCCAGCCAGCCAGACAUGGCAGGCAAGGAGGGCCACGGUUCCAGCAAGCCAGCCAAGGCAGGCAGGCAGGGGCCACAAGCACAGCCAGCCAGCCAAAAGAGGCAGGCAGGGUCCACAGUUCCAGCCAGCCAACCAAGGCAGGCAGGCAGGAGCCAGGACUCCAGCCAUCCAGCCAAGGCAGGCAGGCAGGGGCCUGGACUGCAGCCUUCCAGCCAAGGCAGUCAUGCAGGAGCCAUGACUCUAGCCAGCUAGCCAAGGCAGGCAGGCAGGGUCCACGGUUCCAGCCAGCCAGCCAAGGCAGGCAGGCAGGCAGGGGCUAGGACUCUAGCGAGCCAGGCAAUGCAGGCAGGCAGGAGCCAGGACUGCAACCAUCCAGCCAAGGAAGGUAUGCAGAAGCCAUGACUCCAGCUAGCUAGCCAAGGUAGGCAGGCAGGGGCCACGGUUCCAGACUGCCAGCAUGCCAAGGCAGGCAGGCAGGGGCCAGGACUCCAGCCAGCCAGCCAAGGCAGACAGGCAGGCAAGGUCCAUUGUUCCAGCAAGCCAGCCAAGGGAGGCAGGCAGCAACCAGCACUCCAUCCAGUCAGCAAAAGCAGGCAGGCAGAGGCCAUGACUCCAUACAGCCAGCCAAGACAGGCAGGCUGGAGCCAGGACUCCAGUCAGCCAGCCAAGGCAGGAAGGCAGGAGCCAGGACUCCACUCAGCUAGCCAAGGCAGGCAGGCAGGAGCCAGGACUCCAGUCAGCAAGCCAAUGUAGGCAGGCAGGAGCCAGGACUCCAGCCAGCCAGCCAAGGCAGGCAGGCAGGAGCCAAGACUCUAGCCACCUAGACAAGGCAGGCAAGCAAGGACCACGACUACAGGCUGCGAGGCAAGGCAGGCAGGCAGUGGCCAGGACUCCCGCCAGCCAGACAUGGCAGGCAAGGAGGGCCACGGUUCCAGCAAGCCAGCCAAGGCAGGCAGGCAGGGGCCACAAGCACAGCCAGCCAGCCAAAAGAGGCAGGCAGGGUCCACAGUUCCAGCUAGCCAGCCAAGGCAGGCAGGCAGGAGCCAGGACUCCAUUCAGCCAGCCAAGGCAGGCCGGCAGGAGUCAGGACUCCAGUCAGCAAGCCAAUGCAGGCAGGCAGGAGCCAGGACUCCAGCCAGCUAGGCAAGGCAGGCAGGCAGGAGUCAGGACUGCAGUCAGCCAGCCAAGGCAGGCAGGCAGGAGCCAGGACUCCAUCCAGCCAGCCAAGACAGGCAAGCAGGAACCAGGACUACAGCCAGCCAGGUAAGACAGGCAGGCAGGGGCCAUGACUACAGCCAGCCAGCCAAGGCAGGCAGGCAGGGGCCACAACUACACCCAGCCAACCAAGGCAGGCAGGCAGGGUCCACAGUUCCAGCCAGGCAGCCAAAACAGGCAGGCAGGAGGUAGGACUCCAGGCAGCCAGCCAAGGCAGGUAGGUAAGAAACAUGUCUACAGCCAUCCAGCCAAGGCAGGCAGGCAGGCAGGGGCCAGGACUCCAGCCAGCCAGCCAAGGCAGGCAGGCAUGGACCAUGACCACAGCCAGCCAGCCAAGGCAGGCAAGCAAGGACCACGACUACAGGCAGCCAGACAAGGCAGGCAGGCAGUGGCCAGGACUCCAGCCAGCCAGCCAAGGCAAGGACGGCCACGGUUCCAGCAAGCCAGCCAAGGCAGGCAGGCAGGGGCCACAACCACAGCCAGCCAGCCAAGACAGGCAGGCAGGGUCCACAGUUCCAGCCAGCCAUCCAAGGCAGGCAGGUAGGCAGGAGCCAGGACUCGAGCCAUCCAGCCAAGGCAGGCAGGCAGGGGCUUGGACUGCAGCCAUCCAGCCUAGGCAAGGAUGCAGGAGCCAUGACUCCAGCCAGCUAGCCAAGGCAGGCAGGCAGGUUCCAAGGUUCCAGCCAGCCAGCCAAGUCAGACAGGAAGGCAAGGUCCAAGUUCCAGCAAGCCAGCCAAGGGAGGAAGGCAGGAGCCAGGACACCAUCCAGUCAGCAAAAGCAGGCAGGCAGAGGCCAUGACUCCAUACAGCCAGCCAAGACAGGCCGGCAGGAGCCAGGACUCCAGUCAGCCAGCCAAGGCAGGCAGGCAGGAGCCAGGACUCCAGUCAGCCAGCCAAGGCAGGCAAACAGGGGCCACGGUUCCAGCAAGCCAGCCAAGGCAGGCAGGCAGUGGCCAGGACUCCAGCCAGCAAGCCAAUGCAGGCAGGCAGGCAGGAGCCAGGACUCCAGCCAGCCAGCCAUGACAGGCAGGCAGGCAGGGGCCAGGACUCCAGCCAGCCAGCCAAGGCAGGCAAGCUAGGACCACGACUACAGGCAGCCAGACAAGGCAGGCAGGCAGUGGCCAGGACUCCAGCCAGCCAGACAUGGCAGGCAAGGAGGGCCACGGUUCCAGCCAGCCAGCCAAGGCAGGCAGGCAGGGGCCACAAGCACAGCCAGCCAGACAAAAGAGGCAGGCAGGGUCCACAGUUCCAGCUAGCCAGCCAAGGCAGGCAGGCAGGAGCCAGGACUAGAUUCAGCCAGCCAAGGCAGGCCGGCAGGAGUCAGGACUCCAGUCAGCAAGCCAAUGCAGGCAGGCAGGAGCCAGGACUCCAGCCAGCUAGCCAAGGCAGGCAGGCAGGAGCCAGGACUCCAGCCAGCCAGCCAAGGCUGGCAAGCAAGGACCACGACUACAGGCUGCCAGUCAAGGCAGGCAGGCAGUGGCCAGGACUCCAGCCAGCCAGACAUGGCAGGCAAGGAGGGCCACGGUUCCAGCAAGCCAGCCAAGGCAGGCAGGCAGGGGCCACAAGCACAGCCAGCGAGCCAAAAGAGGCAGGCAGGGUCCACAGUUCCAGCCAGCCAGCCAAGACAGGCAGGCAGGAGCCAGGACUCCAGCCAUCCAGCCAGGGCAGGCAGGCAGGGGCCUGGACUGCAGCCAUCCAGCCAAGUCAGGCAGGUAGGCAGGAGCCAGGACUCCAGUCAGCCAGCCAAGGCAGGCAGGCAGGCAGGGGCCACAACCACAGCCAGCCAUCCAGUCAAGGCAG